AUGGCUGCUCAAGAUUCUCUGUUGGUGAUAGAGAAGGAGAAGUGCAGAAGGCUGGAAUUGGAGCUGGACGAGUGGAAGAGGAGAGCUGGUGUCCUUACAAAGAGUGACAAUGACACAUCUGGCCUGCCGCAUGGUAGCCCUCAAGAACAACAACAACAUCAACUCACAUUCCAUCGAAGUAGUAGUAGCGAUAGUACAGAGAGUUUGAGUGAGAAUGAAGACACACCACCUCCAAAGGACCUGGUCAUUGUGGAGGAGAGCGAAGCGUCGUCGACGUUGAUGAAUCAGCUGGAGGUCGAGAGAGCCCAGUUGCGCCAAUGGGAGGACAGGCUGAUAUCAGAGCACCAGAGAUGCAAGGAAUUGAUUCAAUCAAUUAAAGAUCAACAACAGCAACAGAGACCAUCAUCCACAACAGAUGACAAACAUCUACAACAACAACAUGUACGAUUGUUGGAGACAAAGAUUGUAGAGUUACAAAAGUCAUUGGACAAUGAACACAAGCAGAGGAUGAAACUGGAGGAGUCAAGCAACCAUUCGUCACCCAGCCCAUCCACACCGACUCAACAACCUGCAGCAGCUGGAACAUCAUUCUUGGCGUCAUCAUCAAACAAGUUCUCAUUCUUUUCCAAGAGGAACCUGUCACUGGACUUCUCACGAGGCAGGGACGAUUCUGCUGGCGAGGAACAGGAAGAGCAGUCACAAACACCACCAUCAUCAACAGCCCAGAUAACGCCGCCCAACGAAUCAGAGACGGAUCAAGAGAGAAAAGCAAGACUGUUCAAUAGCUUCAAUCAGCUGUUGGUUGACUGCAACUCAAUCCUCUACGUCAAGAAGGAGCAGCUGAUGGACAUGGAGGAGAAGGGUGGAUACUUUAAAAAGUUGAAUCUCAAUCUACAUGCUCUAAAGUCAUCGGUUGGCAAGCUGGACAACCUGCAAGAGAGGAUCAAGAGGUGUUUAAAGACGAUCGAUUCAAAGGAGAGUGUCACCUAUGAUGAGGAGCUGGAGGAGAAGAUUACAUUGAAGUCGAUGCAAGCAGAGAUUGAUCAAGAACGAUAA